AUGAAAAUAAGUAGUUUAUUUAAAUUAGGUACCUAGAUAUUAUCACAGCUAUGAGUAAAUACACAAAACCUCGUCCGUGAUAACAGGGACUGAAGUCAACACGAUAACGAGUGUCUACGGGUAUCAUGUCAUGUAAUAACACCAAGUCGCGUUAAGCAGAGUCCCAGUCGGAGCUAAAGUAGUAAUAACGAUGUAGUGAGAUAGUGCUAGAAAAUCCACUAGUCAAUAAGGACAAGUGCAAUGAGAAUCUUUUGUAAUCUAUACCUAAGUGUUUUAAAUUUAAAUUGGGACGAACAUUAAAAGUGAAUAAAGUAAUUGUGAAUAUUGUGAGAUGUGAUAGUGGGAACUAAGGUACAUUACAAUGUCUAGACCCAAAGUGACUAAAGUGCCGCCUGACGGUGGAUACGGCUGGGUCGUCACCUUUGCUUAUGCUUUAAACAAUGUCGUGGUACUGCCGCUCAUAGCCGGUUUCGGCUUAGUGUUUCAAGAAGCGUUUCACGACGUGGGCUUGUCAGCGACACAGGGCACCCUGAUUAUCACCUUAAACCAUGGGUUCGGGAUGCUACUCUCGUUCUUCGGGGGACCGGUCCUGCGACGCUUCGGGUACAGGAAGGUGGCCGUCACGGGAGCCAUACUCAUCUCAGGGGGGCUUAUGCUCACGGCCGUUGCGUCCAGUUUCUGGCUAUUCCUGUUUUCUUAUAGCAUUUUAAAUUCAAUGGGAAUAGCAUCAGUCAUGGCCGCCUUCUCACUAGCCAUUAAUUCAUAUUUUAAAGAGAAAAGGAGCAGAGCUGUUGGUGUCGGAAUGUCCAUCACAGGGCUCGGAGCCAUCUACAUGCCUCUACUCAUGAGUGCACUCAUAUAUGCCUACGGGUGGAGGUACGCUGUGCUCACUCUGGGAGCAAUUUGCCUACACUCUUUGGUAGGAGCUUGCUUACUUAGGCCAGUAAAAUGGUACAUGGUAACACCUCCCCAGGAAAUGGUACCGCUAAACAAAGAUGAACAAGUAGAACUUAUUAAUGGAGGACUUCCACAGAAUGGCACUGUACCAUCGCUACCACAACUUGAAGAGUCGAAAGAAAAUGGAUCGGUGUCUGUGAAAAGCCUGUCAAUGAGAUCACUAUCCAACGGUUUAAGUUUAGAAACCAGAAAUGCCAUUUCACAUCCCGACGUGCACAAAAAGUCUCAAGAACCAACAUCGGUGUUAGAGUAUAAAUGGUGGGAAUCUCAAGAAAUCAAUUUGGGUAGUUCGAUAAACAUAUUUCGUGAGAACGAGCUUCUCAAAAAGCCUAGACCAGAAAAAGAGGCCUUCAUUGAAAAAACACUAGAAAUUGAAUCAAACAAAACGCUUGUUCAAAAAUUUGUUGACUUUUUCGAUCUGACUCUAUUGAGAGAUCCAAUAUUCUUGAACAUAAUGUUUGGAUUAUCAAUGGCUGGUUGUGUAGAGACUAAUUUUUCCUUAUUAUUUCCAAUAAUUCUUAAGGAUAUGUUAAGAUUUGAGACUUCGCAAAUAGCAAAUUUAAUGGCUGUGAUCGGAUUUUCCGACACUUUGUUUCGACUAGUGUCUCCGUUUAUAGGAGAGUGGUGCAAUAAGUCACCCAGAGUCAUGUACGUGGUCAGCUUAGCUAUGGUGAUCUUUAUUAGAUCAAUAAUGUUAUUUACAACUUCGUUCAUUGGAAUGAUAUUCGUAGCCCUAGCAAUGGGGAUAACAAAAGGGGUGCGGACGGUCUACAUGAAUAUUGUGAUACCGAACUACGUGCCCUUAGAACGACUGCCUUUCGCCUCUGGAAUUCAGAUGUUCUUCAAUGGUAUCAUUAUUAUCACGCUCGGUACCGUGCUAGGAAAAGUCCGCGAGCUAUCCGGAAACUACAGAAUACCUAUAGUUAUCUUGAACUGUGUCACAAUGGUGACUGUAAUCAUGUGGGGUGCCGAGUUUCUCUACUUCAAGUUCAAGAACAAAUCCAAUGAAGAGACAAAAGAAGCGACCAGUUGUUGAAGGUUGAAACUAAACCGUUACGAAUAAAUAUUUUAAUGAAUGCUUAGGGCAGGCAUUCGUUAUAAACUUUUCCUUUAAUUAAUAAGACAGAACACAAUGAAUUUAUUUUUUUAUUAUUAUUUACAGAUAUAUUUUUUCAGUUAUAGAAAGUAUUUACAAAGUCAUAAUAAACUAAAUUUAAAUAUAAUACUAGGAAACAUGAAUUAUCCAGUUAAUAUAACAGGUUUCUUUCGAACAAAAUAUACAUUGAUAGGCGACUAAAACCAUACUUAAUUGGAAAAUGAAAUAAAUUUAGUAAACAUUACAAAAUAUGGUUACAUAAUAACACAGUUAUCGAAUUUAAACUAUCGUGAGACAUAUUAACUUAGCUAACUUAGCGGUUUCACUCACGUAUUUUUAGUCACUCGCGCGACAUGUUGCGAUGCGCGCGAUGUGUUGUUACGUGACAACCACCCGUCGUGACCGCUACUCACUCAGGCACUGUUAGUGUUUGAAAAUGGAGACCUAGGCUCUCCGAUACAUGUCGCGCGAGUGACUAAAAAUACGUGAGUGAAACCGCUAAGUUAGCUAAAAUAACACAGUUUACAAUAUAUAACCAUUUUAUGUCAAAUAAAAAAGAAUACGAUUAUCGUUCUGUAUUCUUCUUAAUUUGUCAAUAUGAAAUAUCUAAUCAAUGAAUUCGCUAUAAUUUGUAGCUUAUUGUCUUCAUUGUCAAUGCGUUACGCACGCACACUU